GCCCUCUAUUUUAAGGGCGCUGUCGCUGUCCUCACCGAAUUGAAUCGUAACACUACAAAUGAGCUAUUAACCGGAAGUGCGUGGGAACGUCUACCAGGGAAUAAAGCCCUAGCAUUCACAGAAAGUUCAUUAUAUUUCAACACUUUGGUCCGACAUACGUAUUUCUUCUGGUUGCUGUGAUGGCUGAAAAACUUAACGGGCUUUUUCUAUGCAGCGGUAUACUUCUGUAUAUCUCGCACUUAUGUUCUUGCAACUUCGAUGCAGAAGAAGGAAACGGCGUGCAGCCCGAGCUGAGGAUCUUCCACCACUCCUGCGCUCUGAAGAUGGACGAGGGGCCGUGCAAGGCCCUGAAAGAGCGCUUCUACUUCGACGUGGACACCCGCCGCUGCCAGAGGUUCGAGUACGGCGGCUGCAAGGGCAACGCCAACAACUUUGUGUCCCUGGAGGAGUGCGAGAAAAUGUGCAUCGUGAAACCCGAUAAGAACCCGUGUCACCUGGACGACGAGCCGGGGCCCUGCCGCGGGCUGGUGCCGCGCUACUUCUUCAACAGCUCCAGCGGCGCGUGCGAGCGCUUCUUCUACGGCGGCUGCUUCGGCAACGCCAACAACUUCCGGACCCGGGAGCAGUGCCAGCACCGGUGCCACCAGCGCAAACCUGACCCAGUGGCCCCUGUCAUUCACACCAGAAGAAUCUCAGAACCUGCAGAGUCUCUCCCCGAACCUGAGGUUGUCGAACAGCCAGGAGUAGUCAGUGUCCGAGAACCAGCCAGACCAAGCACACUGCCACUCAUCUCAACUGAUGCUCAUCCGCCCACACUGUGCCUCACCCGCCCUGACAGAGGGUCGUGCGACGACUCCGUCCGGAGGUACGUCUACAACCCACACAAGAAGCGCUGCCAGGCGUUCCGCUACACCGGCUGCGGGGGAAACCAGAACAACUUCGCCUCCAAACGCCAGUGCGUCAGGACCUGCGUGAGAGAUCAAGCUGGAAGAAUGAGGAUACGGGUCAAGAAGAGGAAUUUCAACAUCAUAUUUCGAUCCGUCUGAACCUAAAUCUGCAUUUGGAACUUUUCUAUUCAACACUACCAUUUCGGUUCAUUUUCAGCCUUUAUUUAUGUCUUGUUUCUGCUGUUUACUGUAUUCGUCUUCAUAAUGUUCAGACGCUGGCCUUGCCUCACUAUUUAGAUGUAGAAUAGUAAUGUUAAACAUUUUCACUGCGAUGCUCUUAUAUGAAAUGUAUUUUUAUGGCUGUUUUAAUCACAUUUAGAAAUGAGUUCACGGGCCCAUUGACACAUGUCUGUUUUUAAAGGAAUAUGCACUUUUUAUUGUACUGAAAAGUGCUAUGAAAAAAGGUAUUUUACUGUAAACAAGAUGCAGAAAAAGCCAUUCUGCUCCAUAUCACUCUACAAAGCUGUGCCAGAGGACUCAUUUCUGAUUAGUUUCUGAUCUAAACUGUAUGUCCAAACUAUUAAUACAAUUAAAAAACACAAGAAUAAAUGACU